AUGGAGAGAAAACAACAGCAGUUGAAAAAAGAGAAAGAAGAAGAUUUCUUGGCUAUGAAGGGAACAAAACUCCCUCAUCGACCAAGAAAACGAGCCAAGAACAUUGAUAAAGGCCUCCAGUUUUGUUUUCCAGGGAUGUGGUUGUCUGAUUUGAACAAGAGUCGGUAUGAAGUUAGAGAGAAGAAAAGUGUGAAGAAGCAGCAGAAACGAAGAGGAUUAAAAGGCAUGGAAAACUGGGAUUCUGACUCGGACUAG